GCCUAGUGAACGUUCACCGUUGGAUUAUUACUUUCGCUUCUCUCGCUCUCUAUUACAACUGCAGCGCAGAUAAAAAUAAUAAGAAUUUAAAAAUGACCAUUGAUUUCUAUUACGUUCCUGGAAGUGCACCAUGCAGAGCUGUGAGACUAGCUGCUGCUGCUGUUGGCGUUAAUUUGAAUCUCAAAUUGAUGGAUCUAAAGAACGGUGAACACCUUAAACCGGAAUUUGUCAAGCGCAACCCUCAGCACACAGUACCAACCAUCAACGACAAUGGCUUCGUACUCUGGGAGAGUCGUGCUAUCAUGGGCUACCUAGUGGAUCAAUACGCCAAGAACGACUCGCUUUAUCCGAAGGAACCGAAAGCCCGCGCCCUCGUCAAUCAGCGACUCUUCUUUGACCAGGGCAACCUCUACGCUAGCCUUGCCGAUUAUUACUACCCAAUAUUAUUCGCGGGUGCCCCAGCAGACCCAGCCAAAUUCGAGAAAAUCGCUGGAGUCCUGGGUUUCCUCGACAAAUUUCUCGAAGGCCAGAAGUAUGUAGCAGGAAAGAACUUGACAAUUGCUGAUCUCACCAUAAUCGCCACCAUAACAACUUUCGAGGCACUGUCAUACGACAUAACGCCAUUCAAGAAUAUCACUAGGUGGGCAGCGGAAAUUAAAGCUGAAGCACCCAAGUAUCAGGAGGCAAAUGCCGAUGGAGUUGAGGCAUUCAAAGAGCUGGUUCGUGCCCUGAAAUUCAUUCUCCCUCGCUUUCAGCUAUUCCUCGAGGAUCCAGUACUCGAUAGAUUAGCUCGAGGUACCAUGUCCAUUGAUUUCUAUUAUCUCCCAUUCAGUCCACCCUGUCGCGCUGUGAUGCUAACGGCUGAGGCUAUUGGACUCCCUCUCAAUUACAAGAAUCUUGAUAUUCUCACUGGUGAACAUCUGACUCCGGAGUAUGAGCAAAUGAAUCCACAGAGGACCAUUCCCUUUAUCGUUGAUGAGGAUUACAAAUUGAGUGAGAGUCGGGCGAUUAUGUGCUACCUCGUGGAUCAGUAUGGCGGGGAUUCGGGACUGUAUCCGACUGGGGCCAGCGAACGUGCUGUUGUCCAACAUCGGCUGCAGUUUGAUGUGGGAAGUCUCUACAAAUGCAUCGCGGCUUAUUACUAUCCAGUUGUAUUCCGGGGAGAGACUGAGUACAAUGAGCCGAACUAUGAGAAAUUGAAGGAAGCAUUUAAAAUUCUUGACAAAUUGCUGGAGGGGAAUGAGUGGGCUGCUGGCAGUGACAUGACUAUUGCCGAUCUUUCGUUGGUAUCAAGUGUCACAACUGCCGAAGCCUUUGGAUUUGAUCUCGCGGACUACAGUAAUGUAGCUGACUGGCUGGAAAGAGUAAAGAGUACAGCACCUGGUUACGAUACUGCCAAUGCCGAGGGCGUUGAAACACUUAAAAAAAUAACGGGCGAUACGAGUGCGGAAUGAAAUACCACUGACCUCGAACGUAUCACUCCCCCAUUUUCCCUUAAUGCUUCUUCUCACAAUAGUACAAGCACUGAUCAAUACCGCCUUUAAUGUUCCUCGAGUUCCCCCUCCGUAUUUCCAAUUGAUAAUAACAUCAAUUGGUGAAUCUGUAAACAUUGAAGGUAAUUCGAUGCAAAUUGAUGAUGUAAACAGCGGGCUAAUGCUGAUCAAUCCGCAUGUUUCUCUGUAUUCAACAUUUAUGCUUGUACGGCUGGGUUAUUUAGCACCGAAUAAAUAGCAUUGCUAAUUGA